GCGCGCGCACCAUUUGCCCCGGAAGCGGUCUGCGCGCGGCGCGGCUGAGCGCUAAGAUGGCGUCGGCGUGAGUUGCAUGUUGUGUGAGGAUCCCGGGGCAGGCUCCGUCGCUCGGGCCCCGCCAUGGCCGUCACCAUCACGCUCAAAACGCUGCAGCAGCAGACUUUCAAAAUCCGCAUGGAGCCUGACGAGACGGUGAAGGUACUAAAGGAGAAGAUAGAAGCUGAGAAAGGUCGUGAUGCCUUCCCUGUGGCUGGACAGAAGCUCAUUUAUGCCGGCAAGAUCCUGAGUGAUGACGUCCCCAUCAGGGACUAUCGCAUAGAUGAGAAGAACUUUGUGGUUGUCAUGGUGACCAAGGCCAAAGCUGGCUCAGGCACCUCAGCACCCCCAGAGACCUCACCCACUGCUGCCCCGGAGUCCUCCACAUCCUUCCCACCAGCCCCUGCCUCAGGCAUGUCUCAUCCCCCACCUACUGCCAGAGAGGACAAGAGCCCAUCAGAGGAAUCAGUCCCCACGAUGUCCCCGGAGUCCGUGUCAGGCUCUGUUCCCUCUUCAGGUAGCAGCGGGCGAGAGGAAGACGCAGCCUCCACACUAGUGACUGGCUCUGAGUAUGAAACGAUGCUGACGGAGAUCAUGUCCAUGGGCUAUGAGCGGGAACGGGUGGUGGCUGCCCUGAGAGCCAGCUACAACAAUCCCCACCGCGCUGUGGAAUAUCUACUCACGGGAAUUCCUGGGAGCCCUGAGCCAGAGCACAGCUCCGUUCAAGAGAGUCAGGUAUCCGAGCAGCCGGCCACAGAAGCAGUAGGAGAGAACCCCCUGGAGUUCCUGCGGGACCAGCCCCAGUUCCAGAACAUGCGGCAGGUGAUUCAGCAAAACCCAGCGCUGCUGCCUGCCCUGCUCCAGCAGUUGGGCCAGGAGAACCCUCAGCUCUUGCAGCAAAUUAGCCGGCACCAGGAGCAGUUCAUCCAGAUGUUGAAUGAGCCCCCCGGGGAGCUGGCAGACAUCUCAGACGUGGAGGGUGAGGUGGGUGCCAUAGGCGAGGAAGCCCCACAGAUGAACUACAUCCAGGUGACACCGCAGGAGAAAGAAGCCAUAGAGAGGUUGAAGGCCCUUGGCUUUCCAGAGAGCCUGGUAAUCCAGGCCUACUUCGCCUGUGAAAAAAACGAGAACUUGGCUGCCAACUUCCUCCUGAGUCAGAACUUUGACGACGAAUGAUGCAGGGAAACCAGGCUGCCCACCGUCCCGCCCUCCCCGCCUUCCACAAAAGUUUUAUAAAAGAAAAAAUAUAUAUAUAUAUAUUCAUGUUUAUUUAAGAAGUGGAAAAAAAUCAAAAACCAAAAAAAAAAAAACUCCCUCAAUUUCCUGUCCUCCUAAAGUGUCCCCACUCCCAUCUCAGCCUGAGAAGACCCAGGCUAGACAGCUGUCCUCCAACCCCCAACCCCAGCCCCGCCUGUUCAAUGGAGCUGGCAUGACUGGGAGGCAGCAGAUGGGCCUCUCUUGGCCCGUGUCCCAGUUUCCUGCAGCCAGAUGGAGAGGCGGCUGCUUGCCUCCCCCCACCCCCGCUCCAGGCUAAGGGGAAGCUGGAGCCCAAACUUUGAUCCUCCAUUGGAGUGGCCCAGAUUUUUCCAUCUGGGG